AUGGUCUUGGCUUCGGCGGGCCGGGUCUUCCGCGCCCUCUCGACGAACUUGAUGGUGCAGAUGCCUGGCCGGUUUGGGGAGUUUGUGAGGGGAACGCCCAAGAUGCUGAAAGCGGCGCGACCGGCGUGUCCCUUGAGCUGCGCGGGGAGCCUGCAGGAUUCCUCCAAUGAAGCACUGGUCGAAGCUGAAAGCCAUGGAGCCCUGGUGAGUGCCUUUUUGCAGGAGGUGACGACCUUCCUUCAGCAAACCGACUUCGCCGCCACGCCUGGCGCGACAGAUCGCUACCCUCACCUCAGCUUGCUGCUGCGCGGGCCAGAGAUGGCCAGAGGCUUCAAGACCAUCAGGUUCAAGAGGGCAGAGGUUCUGGCAAUGCCAGCGGAAAACCUGGCCCAGACUGUGGUCACCAGCUGCUGGGGGCCCACCAUCGAUCAGUUCUUCCAGGUACGUGCCUGGAGUGCCGCUGGCAUGGGGCAAUGGAGCGCGUCGAGCGAAGCCAUGCAGGUCGAUCCUGUGAGGCCCGCCCAGCCGCAGCCGCCCGAGCGCUUCGACUUGCUGCCACGCUCGGUGGUCGUGCACUGGAAAGCGUCGGAGAGCGGCUUGGCGGGCGAAGGAGGCUAUGCCGAGUCCCGUGACAUGAGCCGCAGUUGCGAGGUCACGGGCAUCAAGGCGACCGGAGAGAGGGGCGAUGCCAGCAGCUUCCCAGUGACGAGCCUUCGACCAGCGCAGACCUACUACUUUCAGGUGCGCUGCAUCAACCUGAUGGGCACCUCCGAUUGGUCGGAUCCCUCGAUGCCGGUGAAGAUCAAGCAGGACCCGGUCCGCUCCGGUUCUGAUCGAGAAGUCUGCUUGGUCCUCAAGGGACGUCAAGGCGUGCCCGGCCUCCGUCAGAUCUCAGACUCACGACAGACCUUCUAUUCUGAUAUCUUGGGUGGAAACAGUGGAGCCUAUGGGCGUGAGGAGUUCCAGCCAUCGACCAUCCAGCCACCGUUUUGGCUCGAGCCGAUGGGAGCCCAGCUUCUCCGGGAUGUGGUCCAAGAAGACGAGACGUUGCAUGCAACGGUCCGCCGGCCGCGCAUUGUCUCCAACCGGCGAGCCCACGCCUUUGCAUGCAUUUGCAUGGAUGGCUCGGUGCUUGCUUGGGGCGCUCAGGCCGCAGGAGAUUGCAGCCAUGUGCGAGAUCAGCUGAAAGAGGUGACCUCCCUGAGCGCCAUCGCCGGUGCUUUCGCAGCACUUCUGGAGAACGGCGAGGUCGUCACCUGGGGCGAUCACAUCUUCGGCGGUGACACGAGCUCGUUGAGAAGCACGCUGAAGGAGGUCAGAGAGGUUCAGGCCACUGCCAUGGCCUUCGCCGCUUUGCGCGCAGAUGGGACAGUCAUCACCUGGGGCAGCAGCCAUGUGGGCGGCAACUGCAGCCGUGUUCAAGGCCACCUUCGGCAAGUCCAAAAGCUUUUUGCAUCUGCCGGGGCUUUCGCGGCUUUGCGGGCAGACCAAACUGUGGUGACCUGGGCCAAGCAGACUUCGGGGGCGACAGCAGCCAAGUGCAACACCUACUGA